UUAAAAAAAACAAAAGGGGCGGUAUAUUAAGGAAGUCUGUGAGUUACCUUUAUAAAAAAUUAUGGCGAACAUUUAUGCUACUACUUUUUAUUUAAAAUUUCUGCUUUUAAUUUUAUCUUUUAUUAAAGAUUUAUACACAGCUCCUUCAUCGCGUAAUGAAUAUGCUUACUUCAAGAGAGAUUACACAGACUUUGUUAACUCAUUUAACUCUAACCAGGAUAUCGAAACUUUACAAUAUGAGACUCUUUUAUUUCCUUCUAUUCCAGUGGCUUUUACAAUAAAGCAAGUUGUUAAAAAUUUGCCUCUCACUUUACGGGAGGAUAAAAAAACAUAUACAAUUAAUUAUAUGCUAAAGUCUUAUGUGGGGUUUGCAGAAGGUAGGACAUCCUUUUUUUACGGCCACGUUAUUAACGGGAUUUUUGAGGCCUUUGUAUUCAUAGAAAAUGAGAUGUAUGUUAUUGAAAGUUGUGAGAAAUCUUCAGAAGAUAGUGGACAUUAUAAUCAUAUUGUCUAUAAAGGAAAUAAUAACUCUAAGCAUAGCCCUCAAGUAUUGCCAGAAAAACAAUAUUUUUUUAAUUUUCAUCUAGUCGCGGAUCACUCGGUCUUUUCUGCUAAUGGAGAUAAUAUCGACAGAACCGUAGCAAAAAUGGAUAGGCUUUUACGAGCUGUUAGUAGUUUUUAUGCUAAACAAAACGUAUUUAAUGACCCUAGGGAAAUAUUAACAUUUACCGGUGAUUAUGAAAUAUACAUGUCCCCUGGGCCCUUCAAUCCGGCAACCAUUCCUACUUUAAACGGGACCCAGAUCUUAAGAAAAUUUGGCAUUGAAAACUUUUCUCAGUAUGACCUUGCCAUCUUGUUUACAUCACUUGAACUUGGGGGUUUGUUGGGGGAAUCCAUUAGAGGGGCUAUAUGUUCCCAUGACCACAUCACAUAUAACGGAAAAUUAAUUUAUCAGAACGUCUUAUUUGUAAACUUAAAGGAUGAAGAAUUCAAACCUUUCUAUUCUCAUACGUUGACAUUGGCACAUGAAAUAGGUCAUAGUCUUGGUUUAACUCAUGAUUCAUCGACUUCUGUUAUGAGUCCUCAGACUUUUCCAGGGGUCCUCUUCGAGUUUUCUUCUCAAAAUAAGAGUUAUCUUAAGAAAACUUUGAAAAAUAGAUCUUGUUUGAAAUCUAAUAGUAAACUUUAUGAGGGUGGACAUAUAUUUUGGAAUGCAUUAAGUUAUGGAGAAUUUUUUAAUUUUGAUAAAAAAACCAAUGUUAAUGCAAUCUCUCCGGGGAGAGCAAAAGUUGAGGUUAGAGUUAUACCGCCUGUAAAGCGCGAGAUUACAGGGCAAAUUAUAGUUGAAGCUGAACCGCCUGUAGCGGGUAGUGUUGGGACUACUUCCUCUACAGAGAAAAGCAGUAACAGAGCUACGACCCCGAGUGAAAAUGUAAUGCCUAAGAUUUCGCCAGAGAUUGAGUUUACUACUAAGGAGCCUGCAACAAGUAGCGGUAGCGCCAUAGUACAUCCAAAAGUUAGAGCUUCUAUGGAGCCAUUAACAAUCGAUAAAACUUCCACCUCCUCAAAAGAUAGAGUUCAAAAUACUCCGCUUUUGAACAUAAAUACUGACAUUACGACAUCUGAGGUUUUUUCGAAUCUUAAUGCUAAAGCUAAACCGUUUUCGGCUAUAUGUCCGAGGACUUUGAUAACUAUUGCCACAAUAAUAUUAGCUGUUAACUUGCAUUAUAGUGCUUGAAUUGUGGUACU